UUACAGUACGACCUACUGCCUCGGCACUACCAGUUCCUGCUGGUCAUGGCUUUCCUCAUCCUCUCUCUGGCUGAGGGCUCCCGCCUCUACCUGGGCUACAUGGGGAACCUGCAGGAGAAGCCCCUGCCGCUGGAGAUGGCCAUGCACAGCCUUUUCCUGGCCUUCCUCCUCACCGAGAUCGUGGCUGCCUUCCUCGCGCUGAAGACCAUGACUAGGCAGCUGGCAGCACAGUUCUACCUGCAGCGGUUCAAGGAGGGUGCUGGGAUGGCCGGGGCAGGGGGGCAGGCAGCCGCAGAGGGGCGAUGCUGCAGCACCCCUCCAUCCCAUGUAGUCAGUCCCAGCAGGGACCAUUAA